AUGGAUAUCAAAACGUUGCUCGCCAAUCUUCAUGAAGAAGUAUCCUGCUCUGUGUGUAUGGUCACAUUUACUGAGCCAAAACAGCUUCCAUGUUUGCACAGCUUUUGCCUCCACUGUUUAGCAGGAAUCCAAAGAAACAGCGGCCGCCAUGAUGUUAUAACAUGUCCUGAGUGUCGAAGGGAGAGUCAAGUCCCUGGAGGAAAUUUAAAGAUCUGCCCACAAACUUUCGCAUCAACAGCUUACUAGAUGUGUUGGCCAUAAGGGACUGCGGUUCUACUGGAGUCAAAUGCGGAAACUGCGACAAACGAAGAGUAGAAAGUUUCUACUGUUUUCAGUGCUGCGCGUUCUGGUGUGACGAGUGUAUCACUGGCCACAACAUUAUCCGAGCAAAUAAAGAACACCGAGCUCUUGCACUG